AAAGGUAAGGAGAACAUUCCCCUCACUGCCUCCCCAAAAAGACUCCUCUGUUGCAGGAAAAUACCUAGCAAAAGGAGGCUGAAAUAUCGCCGGAAUCAGCUCGGUUUUCUUCUCUCUCCUUUCCCCCGAAACCCAGAACGAUGACUCCCAAAUCAAACUCCAAAAUCAGAACCGGCCACACUCAAUACCAGAAGAAAUCCCCUUCCAGCUCCGAAAAUCAACCAGAAAAACCCCCAGAUCAACCACAACCAAUCUCCCAGCAACAGACCCGAAAUCAACCAACCAACCCCCUUUUCAAUCUGAUUUUUCUCUACGCCUAUGGUUGCCUCACCGCCACGAACCCUUGACCCGUAAUCCGAUCUGGGUAAUAUACGAUCGAAUACUCUAAUCCAACGAUCCAUUAAGGAAGCCGGCAGCUCAAUUUCCCAUCUUUAUGUUCUUUGCUGUUUAGGGUUUCCUUUUAUUGGUUCAAUUCUUUGAUCCGGUGACGAUUUCGAGGCGGUCAUGGAUUCGGAGCUUCAGGAUUGGGAAUUGCUGCAGAGUUCGAAUUCUGACUUGGAUCGGGUGAGUCCGAAGAGGAAUUUGGAGGGGAUUGAAGGGGAUACGGAAGGUAUGAUAAGGUCUGAUUACUUCUCUCUUGAUAAUCAGAGUAGGUAUGCUAAGACAGUUGCUGUGGAGGGUGAUGUGAGUGAAGAGGGGUCUGUUGAGUCAGAUAAUCCGAGUUGGAUUGAUCCUGGUUCGGAGACUAGGUAUGAGAGGAAGAAUUUGGGAGGGUUUUGGUUUGAUUCGGAGACUAGGUAUGAGAGGAAGAAUUUGGGAGGGUUUUGGUUUGAUUCGGAGACUAGGUAUGAGAGGAAGAAUUUGGGAGGGUUUAGGUGUGUGAAAAGAGCGAGAUUGGUACACAUAAGCAUCCAGCGUGUAAAAAAAAGACACGCUGGCAUGAGCUAAACGGAGAUCGUGACGGUGAUGACGUCAUCUGUUAGAUAAUGAUCGAUUUGACCAAAUCGAUACUUUGGGGGUGUCAUUUGUCCCUGCUUUUUUUGGAGGGGUGGAUCCGUCCCUACCCAUAUUUGUCAAGGGGUGAUUUGAGGGUUCUGCCAUGGAACUUGUGCAGCCACUUUUGCAUGGAAUAUAACUGCAAGUUGUUG